AAAUGUAGAUAUUAGGAGAGUGUAGCUGCACACAUGCUGAGGCUUCAUUUGCUGUAAUGCACACUUGAACGGUAUCUUUUGAUAAAAGAAGAAACAACCAAUCAGACAGAAUGCUUUUUCUUGCUAUCUUUGCUGUUAUUGCAGCCUCUGCUAUAGCUGACCCUGAGACUCAGAGCUACUCCUACUCCCCUCCUGCGAGGUCAGGGAGUGGCUCUCCGUUCAGUAUAAUUGGGGAGGGAAGAAUCACAGCUGUACGAGUGUGGUCGUUGUCCAACAUACGAGGCAUCCAGUUCUGCUACGGCUCCACCUGGUCUUCCGUUGUGGGUUACAGGUCCGGCCAGCUACAGGAGAUGAAGUUGUCUGGCGGUGAAGCCAUCAUCCAGAUUUCUGGGAAGGCCAGUCAAUACGUGCAGUCAGUGGUGUUCGUAACUAGCAAGGGCCGCCUUCUUGAAGCAGGCCAGCCCUCAGGCACUUCUUUCAACAUGUAUCCCAGCCACAAGGAUGCCGAGCUGGUCUUCAUCAGUGGCACUAACCUAGGAGCAAUUACCUCCAUCGCAGCACACUGGGGUCGAGUUGAUACAUCUGCUACUCACACUGAGCACUGAGAAGUAGAGCUUGCCUGAGGAGAUGCUACCAUUUAACCAACAACUUGGCCAAACCUAUGGAAAUUAUGGUUUAUUUCCAAAUGUAAUUAGUCUGUUCUGCGGUGCAACAUUUCUGCAAAUCUGCACAUUUGCACUUUUACUUGUGCUGUUCUUUAUUUAGCUAGAAACAUCUUUUAUUGUUAACUCUUUGUUCUGAUGAAUGUAUGGGUUGAGGCUUGAUGAAAUGUAACUUUGAUUUAUUUUCGGCAUAGCAUUUGUACACAUCAUGCUCUUGUCAUUGUUGGAAAUAUGUAUUAGUUUAUACAAAAUGAUCUCUGUACAUGAAAGCUGCUGACAUAUUGUGUUUUUCAAUACUCAUAAUACUUAUUUAGGAUAAAUGCGGUUAAAGUGGCUUCAGAUCAGGAAAUACACAACUUAUCUCUAAACGUUUUUAACAGGAAUUGUCUAUUCCGCUUGAAGGAACAGUGGGACAUUUUAAAACAUGCAUUCAUCCUAUUUCUUCAUCCAGAGGAUUAAAUUAGAAGAUUGAUACUACAACUCUAUGUCUGCCCAUGCAUAUAGAGUUGAGUUGAUCUGAUGAUUAGCUUAGCAUAAAGACUAAAGGCAGAGGGAACGAGAUAGCAUGCAAACACAUUUUUAGAAGUUAUAAGGAGGAGUUUGUAUAAGUCAUGCAUUAGAUAUUUCUUAGCUGGGUGUAGUGACUCCCUUGGGUUUCUGCUCAUUGCCUGUUAAGACUUUUUGGAAUGGCUAAGAUAAAUAUACUUGCUAUAGUUAUAAAAUAGUUGCAUGACUUCAACUUGAUGAUGGCAUGCUAUCUCUUCAUCAAUCAAGACUUCCAACACUGCCACCAACCCUUCAAAAUAUAAAACCUCUUAAAGACAAUUGAUCAUCAUUAUUAUUAUUAUAAAUUUGACAGAAUUACAUUGUGACAUAAUGGUAUAUUAUAAGAAUUUGCCAUUUGGAUGGUCACUGUGCUCACUGUCUGCAAUAAAAAACGUAUAAAUAUA